AUGGAACCAAGUUAUUUGGAGACAGAUUGUCUUUGUGUAUUGCAAGCUUUAAGAAGUUCCAUUAGUAUGAUUUCCUUGUUCGUGGCUCAUAACUUUACUAAGGCUGGUAUAGUAUUCCCUGAUAUUGUUUCAGUUUGGAGUCUGUUCCAAUUGAGUUACUAUCUUGUCGCAAACGAAACAUUUGAAAAGCUUGCCAGUAUUGGACUCCAUGCAAAUAUGAUAAAUUACCUAAGGAAUGAGUACCACUUGGAUGUUGCCACCGGAGCCACUAUUCUGCUAUUGUGGGGAGCCAUGUCCAACUUUACACCCAUCAUAGGGGCUUUUCUUUCUGAUUCUCAUUUGGGUCGUUUUCGAAUGAUUGCUCUAGGAACCAUCACUACCCUAUUGGGAAUGAUAGUACUAUGGUUAACAGCUAUAAUCCCAACAGCAAGGCCUGCUCACUGUGACAUUGGUAAACCAGGACAGAGUUGUUCCAAAGCAACCGGUCCUCAACUUGUGUUGCUUCUUUACUCUUUUAUUCUUAUGAGUGUUGGAGCUGGUGGGAUUAGACCUUGUUCUUUGGCUUUCGGAGCUGACCAACUUGACAAGCCUGAAAAUCCCAAUAAUAAGAGGAUCUUACAAAGCUUUUUCAACUGGUAUUACGCUUCGGUUGGAAUCUCAGUGAUGGUUUCAGUAACUGCCAUAGUUUAUCUACAAGAGAAAUGUGGCUGGAUUGUGGGGUUUGGAGUUCCUGCAGGGCUAAUGCUAGUCUCAACAUUUCUAUUUUUCAUAGGCUCUUCUCUUUAUGUAAGGGUGGGCGCUAAUAAGAACAUGUUUUCAGGUUUUACUCAUGUGAUUGCAGCAGCUUGGAAGAACAGACACUUGGUUUUGCCUCAAGAUGACAAAUUCCAUGGCUGGUAUCAUCUCAAAGGUUCCAAACUUGUCAGACCAACAGAUAAGCUAAGGUUCUUGAACAAGGCUUGUAUGAUUAGAAACCCAGAUAAGGAGAUAACCCCAGAUGGUUUAGCAAUAAAUCCAUGGAGUUUAUGCACAGUAAAGCAAGUUGAAGAACUGAAAGCCAUUCUCAAAGUCCUCCCAAUUUGGUCAACCGGCAUUUUCGUCGCAGUAGCAAUGAACCAACACGCACUCUACCUAAUCCAAGCAAAGACCACAGAACGACACCUCACCACCCAUUUCGAGAUCCCAGAAGGCUCAUUCGUCGUCUUCUCAAUCCUCACUCUGUUCCUCUGGGUCGCCAUCUACGACAGAGCACUAAUCCCACUCCUCUCCAGCUUCACCGAACGACAUCGUCAAGGCCUCAGCUUCAAACAAAGGAUGGGAAUUGGGGUCGCCAUCUCCUGCAUCGCCACGGCCACGGCCGCCGCCGUGGAGUUGAAACGACGAAGAUUGGGCGUCGUUUAUGGCGAAACAAUGUCGUGGGUUUGGCUUGUUCCGCAGUACUGUUUGACUGGUUUGGCUGAAGCGUUUAAUGCCAUUGGACAGAUUGAAUUCUACUACUCUCAGUUUCCCAAGAACAUGACCAGCUUUGCCGUGGGAUUGUUCGCUCUGGGAAUGGGGUUUGGGAAUCUGAUUGCGGCUUUGAUUCUACGAAUAGCCAACGAAGCAAGUGGGAAAGGCGGGAAUGUGAGUUGGGUUGCUAAUGAUCCAAACAAGGGUCACUACGAUUACUACUUUUGGGUUUUGACUUUCUUGGGUUUGGUCAAUUUGGUCUACUUUUUGGUGUGUAGUUGGGCUUAUGGGCGUUGUGAGGAGAAAAAUAUUUGGGAUUUCGGAGAAGGGGAGGAAGAAGAAGGACAAUGUUUGGAGCUUGAGUUAGGUUUCGAUCAAAAAUUCAAUAAGGUAGAAGAAGAAGAAGAAGAAGAUCAUGGUUUGACCGAAUCUAAUAAAGAAUAUUCUUCAUUAAAUGUUUCCAAUGUUGAUCCAUUUGGGCAAAUUGACACUUUGAAACAUAAUGGUUAAACAGUUUAUUGUGUUGGUGGUGAUAUACUACUCGGGAUGAGUUUAUUCAUAUUCAUAUGCAAAUCAUAUCAAUAAUUAAACAAUUAACACGUUACAUUAGUAUGCAUUUAUGCAACCCCACUACUUAAUUGGAUUAUACAUGGAAUAAAAUUCGGUUUGGAAAUCGUUUAGGAAAAAUAUUGGUAGGGAUAGGAGACAGCUGGUGGAGCCAGAAAUUAAAUGUUGGGAUAAGUUGAAAAAUACCACUUUUAUUAAUCAAUAUUUAAUCAAAUUUACUUAUAAUUUUAUCUUUAAUUGAAACAUACUUCUUAUUGUACCUAAAAUACCCU